AUGGCCAACAGGGAUUUGGCAAUAGGAGUGAUCUUCUUAACACAGACCGUGGUGGGGAUCCUGGGCAAUGUCUCUCUUCUUUGCCAUUAUAUCAUCCUUUACUUCACUGAGUCCAGGUUAAGGUGCACAGAUUUGAUUCUUAAGCACCUGAUUGUAGCCAACUUCCUAGCCCUCUUCUGUAAAGGAGUCCCUCAGACAAUGGCAGCAUUUGGGUGGAAAAACUUCCUCAGUAAUUUUGGAUGCAAACUUUGUUUCUUUCUUCACAGGGUGGGGAGGGGAGUGUCCAUUGGUAGCAUCUGUGUCUUGAGUGUCUUCCAGGUGAUCACGAUCAGUCACAGGAACUCCAGGUGGGCAGAACUUAAAGUAAAAGCUCCCAACUACAUUGUCCCCUCUAUUUCCCUGUUUUGGAUCCUGCAAGUGCUGGUAAAUGUCAUUUUUCCUAUCUUUGUAACUGGCAAACUGAGCAACAAAAACAUCACAAACCACAAAGAUUUCCUAUACUGUUCUUCUGUUGUUCAUGACAAAACCAGUGACUCAUUAUAUGCAGCAUUGCUAUCAGUCCCUGAUGUUUUCUGUUUGGGGCUCAUGCUUUGGGCCAGCAGCACCAUGGUUUUCAUCCUGUACAGGCACAAGCAGAGGGUCCAACACCUUCGUAGGGACAACAUCUCCCGCAGAUCCUCCCCUGAGUCCAGAGCUACCAAAACCAUCCUUCUCCUGAUGAGCACCUUUGCCUUUUUUUAUGCAGUUGCCUGCAUCUUUCAAGUUCCUUUGUCUGUUUUAAAUAAUCCUGACUGGCUCCUGGUGAACCUCACUGCAAUCAUGGCUGUGUAUUUCCCAACAGUCAGCCCCUUUCUGCUCAUGCAUGGUGACUCCAGUGUAUCCAGACCCUGCUUUGCCUGGAUAAGGAAUAUAAAAUCUCCUAAUCUUAUGAGAAAUAGAUAA